UUUUGGGACGGAGGGAGUAUUACUUUUUGUAUGUGUCGUCUUGCUAGUCUACAAUAAAUGAUGUUGGCAAUAGCCAGAGAGCCCAGAAGAGUGGUAUAGUGGUAGACAAAAGAGAAGAUACACAAUUAUCUCGAAAUUGUGGAAUGAAAUAUAAUUAGGAAUAAAACUUGGAGCCAGAAUGACAUUUGUCAAAGAAACGGAUGAAUUAUAUUUCAGUAUUUGCAUCUAGAUCGUGGACUAAUGUGGAAGUGCUAACAAGAAGUGGUCUAAUUAAUCUCUUCAAACGAAGUUGAUCAUAACAUCAUUUACUGUAUCAUUAAUGCCAGGAGUUCUUCUGUAUAUGCAGAUUAGGUCCGGCCCAAGAGAGUUGCUUGAUAUCCACCCCUUGGAGCUCAGCUUUAGCUUGGAUUCAGACAAGCAGAUCCGUUGCCUCGUAAAGCUAACUAAUAAAACAAAUGAAUGUAUUGCAUUUCAUUUUAAGGUUACGGGGGCAACAAACAAGUACUGCAUUGAACCGGCUGGCAGAUUCCUGUUGCCACGGGAGAUGACUUAUUUAGUUGUAACAAUGGAAACGAGAGGGGAGUUGCAGUGCAAUGAUCAAUUCCUUGUAGAAAGCAUCAUAGUGAGGGAGGAUAGAGUGACAUCUAAGCCUAUCCCUGGACAGACAUUCGACAAAAUGCCAAUCAGUGUGGUGCACAAGGUAAAGUUGGCGGUUAUUCAUGUGCCUGCAGUCAUGGUGAGGGAGGAUAGAGUGACAUCUAAGCCUAUCCCUGGACAGACUUUUGACAAAAUGCCAAUCAGUGUGGUGCACAAGGUAAAGUUGCCGGUUAUUCAUGUACCUGCAGUCCAAGGAACAUUGAAUCCGCAGCAGUCUGAAGGCUCUCAGGGAAAACUUCUAGGAAGACCAAACAUUUCUGACAAGGAUAAUGAAUACACGCUGGUUGAAUGUUUGGAAAAAGACCUUGGGUAUUGUGCGGGAAAGCCCAUUGCUGCAGUUCUCAUAUAUAAAUGUUUUGUUCAGUGGAGAACUUUUGAGUCACAGACGACCUCAUCCUUUGACCGUAUUAUUCACUUAAUUGGGAGUGCACUAGAGUUUGGCUUCCCGCGCACCUCGCCGCUGCUGGAGGAAGCCAUGGGCAAAGCCUGCCUGGUGGAUGGCGACGUCGGGCUCGCCUCCUUGUGCAGUAGGAGCCCUCACGGCUGGAGCAUUGAGGUGGCCCUGGACGCAUACGUGUUGGCGAAUCUCGGGGUCAUUGUUGGAGCACCUCUCCUAUUACUUUAG